AUGAGUCAUCCAAACAUUGAUUCUAGUAUCAACAAACGAUCAAGUUCAGAAGGAACCACGGAAGACAUUCAAGAUAGACGUCAGGAGAUGACUGCAGUUCAAGAUAGACGUCAGGAGAUGACUGCAGCAGUCAGUGAUGAGAAAGGGAGUGAUAAAAAGGAAGACAAAUGUAGUGAAAGAAAGGAUGAAUCGGUUAUUAACAAGUCCACUUACAUUGAUAAAGAUGUUGUUAAUGAUGAGGAGUUGUACAAGAGUCUUCAGGCAAUGCCUUUUUAUCAUGGAUUUCUUCCUCGCGAUGAUCUGGGAGUCAUUAUUCGAAACGAGGGAGACUACUUGAUUCGUGUGACCGAGAUAACAACGAGAAAGGACGGAAACCUUGGAAUCAAAAGAGACAUUGUCUUGUCCGUCUGCUCUUCGGAUCGUGUUGGAACUGAAGGAGACACGAAAGAUGCAAAGUCCGAAAACCCUGGUGAACGGAAGAUGCGCAAUUUGGUGAUUCGUCGUUAUGAUGGAGCGUAUGCAAUCAAAGGAGGCCACUCUUUUCCGACUAUUGAAGCUCUUCUAGCCAAUCAUCACGUCUCCAAUACAUCGGAAACGAAGGAAAACCGUUUUUUGAAGACUCCGAUUGAGUUGCAAAAAUGGGAGUACAGACAUUCGGCAGUGAAGUUGGGCGACAAACUGGGAGAAGGAGCUUUUGGAGAAGUCAGAAAAGGCGUUUUGCAAAGAAAGGGAAGGAAAUUGGAUGCUGCAGUGAAAAUGGUGAAAGGAGGAGAGUUGAACAAAUUGAAGAUCAGAGAAAUGAUGAAUGAGGCUAGAUUGAUGAGAAAUUUCAAGCAUAAGAAUGUGGUUCGAUUCUUCGGAGUUGCUGUUGUUGAGCAACCAUUGUACAUCCUUUUGGAAUUGGUCAAUGGAGGAGCUCUCAACACAUAUCUUCAGAAGAACAAGAAUGUCAGUAAACUGGAGCUUGUUGGAAUGUGUCUUGGUGCAGCUCAAGGACUACAGUACCUUCAUGCCAACCACUGUAUCCAUCGAGACAUUGCUGCUAGAAACUGCCUCUACUCGAUUGACAAAGUAGUCAAACUCUCUGAUUUCGGACUUUCUGUGAUUGGGAAUCAAUUCAAAUUGUGUGCUUCGCAAAAACUUCCAAUCAAGUGGCUUGCUCCCGAAACCAUCACUACUCUCUACUUCACACCGAAAACGGAUGUCUACAGUUUUGGAGUCAUGUGUUAUGAGAUAUUCUCGGAAGGAGAAGAGCCAUGGGAUGGUGUUACCAACACCGAAACUAAAAAGAACGUCGUUUUUGGAAGACAUCUGAUUAUGCCCGAUUCUUGUCCGGAAAAAUUCCGAUCAUUCAUUCAUGAGAAGAUCUUUGUUGUGGACCCGAAAAGACGUGUUGUCAUGGAUGAUGUCGUCCGGUUCAUUGAACCAAUCAUCAACGAUAUGCACAAUGCAGCUGCGAUUAGCACAAUGGCUGAAAAAUCGGAACGCUUCACCAAAACUUCGGAUGUCAACCGCUCAGUGAUGGCCUCUGUGACUGGUGGAUCCACUCCUCGCAAGGCUUCUGAGUCUUCCAGAGACACCAAGAAUAAAGCCAAUAAAAAGAAAAAAGCUGCGGGACAAAAAGCUGGAAACAAAACUGUCAGUCACACCAUUGAGAAGUAA